AAGCUUAAAAUUAACGAUUAUGAGGCCGUUGACCACAAAAAAGCUUACCUUAAAGAAAAGAUGUCUUUAAAGUCCCACGAGAGAGGAGAGAUUAUGUGCCAGAUUAGACAGAUUACAACACAAUGUGACGCAUCCAACGCGGACGCAUUGUACCGCCGCCAUAUUGGAAAACGAGAAGACCCUGGGGACGAGGAAACGACGGAGAAACGACGGGCUCUGGGGCAUUCUCGUCCCCAGAGCCACUCGGCUUAAUUUGUAACCGAGUGACCAAGAAACGACGGGCUCUGGGGACGAGAAUGGUGUCUCCUUCGUCUUCAAGGACAUGCGCACUACGUCGAGGAGGUUGAGUUGAGUGUUCUUACUGGGUGUUGUCGACAAAACUAUCAAAGUCCAGUAUGCCUUUUGGUAGAGAAAAGACUAAAAAGGAUGAAGAAAGGGAGAGGCAAAAAGCUGAACUGGGAAUUUGUCGUAUAAAAGAUAAGCAAAAGAAUAGCACUGUCGGAUCGGGAAGCUUGGUCAGAGACUGUCUUAACGACGGGCGAUGUUGUCUGGUAACAACUGAUAGAGUUGUCCCCCCGAAGACAGAGUUGAAGCAACUUGUUUUGGAAUUUAAACAGACAAAGUCAAAUUCCGACAAAGUCAAAGUGGUAAAACUGUCUGAACAUGCCUGCAUGAGCGAUAUACGGCGUCGUUCCGGUUUGGUGGUAAUUCCGUUGAAUGCAAACAAAUUUACGCUAAAGGAGUCGUCUAUUUUCACUUAUCGACCAUUCUUCAGAGGAGAUGAAGAUUGUACACCCUUGGUCUGUCCCAUUGUGGACAAUAUGGACCCUGCAAAACCGUUUGUUGUGAAAGAGUUCCAACUUGAGCCUGCUCACGAUCACAAAGGAGGUGCAGUUCUUCAUGAUCUCGCUAGUGACCUCUGUUUUAAAUGUUUUAGAGCAUUCAUAGGAACUUCUUCCCGCCAGCCGCAUGGUGCAGUCAUUUUAAAUGGAAAUAAAGAAGCUGUUGGGGUCUUAUACGAGUCACAUGAUCGGAUUUCUCUAAUCCGGUUUUCUCAGACAAGCUUG